AUGUCUUUUCAUUUCUUCUGUUAUUCCCCGCUGAAUGCUGUUUUUUGUUUUGAUAGAGGGCAUGUGUCUAUUAAAGGUUCACUAAACGCGCGCACACGAGCGUAUAUUAAUAUCUAUCUAUCUAUCUAUCUAUCUAUCUAUCUAUCUAUCUAUCUAUCUAUCUAUCUAUCAUUGCAAAUGAUCGAUUUCAAAUAUCAACCAAAAACCAAGGAAUCACCUCGCUAUCUAUUUAUUACCUUUCUUUUUUUCCUUUUUUUUUUGACAAUUUGUUUUUUAUUAUUUAUUUAUUUAUUUCUCUCUCUCUUUCUUUAUUUCUUUCUAUCUAUCUAUCUAUCUAUCUAUCUAUGUAUGUAUCUUUUUUCUUUCUAUCUUUCUUUCUUUAUUUAUUUAUUUAUUUCUAUCUAUUUAUUUAUCUUUCUUUCUUACUUUAUUUCUAUCUAUCUAUCUAUCUAUCUAUCUAUCUAUCUAUCUAUCUUUCUUUCUUUCUUUCUUCAUUAUGAGUCGUUUUUAUUCUCUUUCUUUCUCUUGUUUUCCUUCUUUUUUUUCCUUCUGGGUGUCAUUUUUAUGUUUUUUCGUUUUCUCUUUUAUUUCAUUUUCUUUCUUUCUUUUUUCUUUCUUUUGUUGCUAUUCACAAUUUCUUCAAUUUCCAUAUUAUACUGUCCUUUAUUCGUUCUUUCUUUUUUUCUUUUUUAUCAGUUUCCUUUUCAUGCUUAUCUCUUUCCUAACUGUUCCCCCUUUUUUCGUUCCAGUUUCUUUCGCUCUUUUUUCUUCCUUUUCUUCUUCCCCUUAUUUUUAUCACCAUUCUUUCUCUCGCUUCUUUUCCUUUUAAUACUUUCUUACUUUCUGUUUCUUUCUCUGUUUUUAACAAUCGACAUUUUCAUGAUUUUUUUUUUCUAUUUUACUUCAUUUUUUUUUUCUUCCGUGUCUUUUUACGCUUUCAUUUCUUCUUUACAAUUUCUACGUUUUUCCUCUUAUUUAUUUCUUCAUUCCUUUUGUCUUUUUUUAAAAUGA